UCAGAGCACUUUACUGCUGCUGCCUGCAGACCAUCUCUGACCUGACGGACCACUUGACCUCCUCACUCCUGUUUAAUAAAUAUAUAGAUUCAACAGAUAUACUAGAGGGGACCUUUUAAAGCACUUUUAUUCAACUUUCCAUCUGUCUAGAGUCAUGUUUCUUUACUUUCUCCUCGUCGCUCCUGCGCUGCUCGUCGAGGCGCGGAUCAGCAGACGUGACGUCAUCGGCUGUCCGGAGACCUGUGACCUCCAGAAUUGUCCCGCGACCCCUGCGGACUGUCCCGCCGGAGAGGCGCUGGACCAGUGCGAUUGCUGCCAGGUCUGCGCGGCCAGCGACGGCGAGGCGUGCGGCGGCGCGGGGCACCUCGGCGGCGCGCGAUGCGCGGACGGGAUGGAGUGCGUGGUGAGCGGCGGCACUGAGGCGUCGGCCACCGUGCGGCGACGCGGCACAAGCGGCGUCUGCGCCUGCACGACCGCCAGCCCGGUGUGCGGAAGCGACGGCGUCUCCUACCGCAACGUGUGCGAGCUGAAGCGCGUGAGCCGUCUGGCCAGGAGGCUACGGCAGCGAAGUGUCGUCCUCAUCCAGAGGGGAGCAUGCGGUAAAGCAGUCCAGCAGAAUCCAGACAGCCUGCGCUUCAAGUUCAACUUCAUCGCCGACGUGGUGGAGAAGAUCGCCCCCGCCGUGGUCCACAUCGAGCUGUACCGCAAGAUGGUGUUCUCUAAGCGUGAGGUAGCGGUGGCCAGCGGGUCGGGCUUCAUUGUGUCAGAAGAUGGCUUGAUAGUGACCAACGCCCACGUGGUGGCCAACAAGCACAGGGUUAAGGUGGAGCUGAAGAGCGGCGCCUCCUACGACGCCACAAUCAAAGAUGUGGAUGAGAAGGCGGACAUCGCUCUGAUACAAAUCAACACGCCGAUCCAGCUUCCUGUGCUGCUGCUGGGCCGCUCUGCGGAUCUGCGUCCCGGGGAGUUUGUGGUGGCCAUCGGCAGUCCCUUCUCCCUGCAGAACACCGUCACCACCGGCAUCGUCAGCACUACCCAGCGGGGGGGCAAGGAGCUGGGCCUGCGCGACUCAGACAUGGACUACAUCCAGACGGACGCCAUCAUCAACUACGGAAAUUCUGGAGGCCCGCUGGUGAAUCUGGAUGGUGAGGUGAUAGGCAUCAACACUCUGAAGGUAACUGCAGGAAUCUCCUUUGCCAUCCCCUCCGACAAGAUAAGACAGUUCUUGGCAGAGUCCCAUGACAGACAGGCCAAAGGCCAAACGUCCCAACGAAAGAAGUACAUUGGAGUCCGUAUGAUAACACUCACGCUCAUGCUGGCUAAGGAGCUGAAGGACAGGCAGUCAGACUUUCCCGACGUCACGUCCGGUGCGUACGUCAUUGAGGUCAUAAGCCGCACCCCUGCUGAGACCGCGGGCCUCCAGGAGAGCGACGUCAUCAUCAGCAUCAACGACGGACGCAUCACCUCAGCCAACGACGUCAGCGCAGCCAUCCGGAGAGACGGUAAGCUGAGGACCGUGGUGCGGCGCGGGAACGAGGACGUCAUCCUCAACAUUGUUCCUGAGGAGAUCGACCCUUGACCUCCGACCUCGGACCUGGGAUGGCAGUCCUCUGCUUAAAUUAACAAGUCCAUAUUGUUCAGAGCUGGCUCUCAGUGUUCCUCACAGGAAACUCUUUCUUCAAGGCUCAAACAUCAUCAAAACGCCAUCAAAACACUUUGUUUAUAAUUCAGGAUGAUAGGCAUAAUAACAAAUGCUAACAGACCCUCCUCACUUGGGGCCGGUCUCCUCACGCUUAUGACAGGUCUGCUCCUUUGAUGCACCAGGUGUCCAGGGUCGUGGAGUAGACCUCUUCUCUAUGUAGUAUCCUGCCUCAGCCCUGGUAUGUGGUACAUCCAUCUGAGACGUUUAAUGGGUAUUUUUUUCUAUUGGCCACAUGAGGAGACCCUUGAUUACAAAGGACAAGGACCAGAUGCUGUGUUGUCGGCUGUGUGUGAAGGUUUGACCCGAGUGUUUUUAAAUGGAUAUACCAUCAGGAGGAUGGAUGGACCAUCUCCUGUGCCACCGAUGUCCCGUACUUUGAGGGGGAACAAAAAACAACGCUCGACCACCAGAUGUAUUUUGGUUCCUUGAUCCAAUGCUUUUUUUGGUCUCUUUUUUAAACCCUAUAUUACCAGUUGCGCUGGAUUCCUUCAUGUCUAUUGUAAUGAAGUGUUGUUUGCAAUAAGUAGUUUAGUUUACUUUAGUUUUGCCGACAAUUUUCUGAAAUGGAAUAAACAUAUUUUUAAAAAGUGU